CUGCUCUGGCUUUGAAUGGACGGGGUAUAAACGUCACAUGCAAAUGAAACUGCGCUAGGCCUAGUUAGCAAUUUCCUAUAAGGUACGAGAGAAGGUUUGCAUGCAAAUCAGUUAUACGGAGGAGAGUAUUUUUAAUGCAACGGUUGUGGGUUACGUGUGGGGGUGUACAAGCCUGGAUUCCGCGCAUGGUCGUUUUAUGAAUCGUGACGUUGCUUCGUAUUGGAUAUUCAUUUGGGUUCGUGGAAGAAAUUCGAAGAACCUUUAAAGUGGAUAAGAAGCUUAUUUAUGCGAUUACGCCUCGUAAAUGCGCAUAUUAAAUUGAAAUUUAAUCCUUCCGCUCGAUAAAAAGAAGAAGAAUCGAAUCAAAAUGAAAAUUCCAAUAGCUUCUCUAAAAAUAAUCCAACGCGACGUAGUGUUAAAUACCGAAUCAAAGCGCGCAGGGGUUCGAUGUCAAUCAAGUCUCACCCUUGGGGUCCUCGAACUUGGUAUAUAAGAAUCCGCGUGCCGGAAUCGAGGCCACAGUCUUCAGCCAGACACAGUCAACAUGUGCAAGUCCGUCUCGAGCCUCUGCCUGUUGCUCGCGCUUCUUUUCGUCAGUUUCGAGGCAGGAACAGCCGCGAAAGAGUCUGUGAGCUUCAUCACGGAUACUCGUAUCCCCUUUGACUGUCCCAAGGGAACACCGCCUUCAGUAUGCUUCAAACGCUGGACGAUGUUCCCCUUCCCGAGAGUCGGCCGCGACGGCCAAGCUCGUCAGCAACGAUCCUUCGGCCUGGUGAAGUACCCGAGGGUCGGUAUAUCCGAUCCGCAGUUGCUGCUAGAUAAGGACGACGAGAGCUGGCCCGGAGCCAAUCUCGAUUUCACCAACGAUGCUUACUCUCCCAGAGUGUCCGAAGGAAGGAACCGGAGAGACGGAGCCUGGGCCUUUUUCCUCAUCACCCCGAACUUUCGAGAACAGCCGGCGGCUGCAGCCGUGGAUUCGCAGUUUGGGGCUGACGAUGUAGCCAUGGAGUGAUUAUUUAGUUAUGAUCGUAAAUGUAUAUGUACCAUAUGAUUAUGAAGAAUAAAGACAUAAGUCGUGUGUAAUGUUGUAACAUUCUCUCUCACUUUUUUUUCUCUCUCUUUUAUUACGAACUGCAUUUUACAGACACAGCGUGUCGCACGCAUAUACGCGUUCUAUGAAAAAAGAACGAAAGGUUUUUUGUCUCGUUAUUUUGCUUUUCUUAUAAAAUUACAUCUUAAAACGAAAUCUCAUUAUAUAUCAAAAAAGAACGUCGAUUUUGUUGAUUUUUUUUAUCCCCGCACUCUUUCUCUCACUUUUUUUUUUGGUUUGUUUCUUUCGGUACACAAUAAUCAUGUAAUAUAUAAUAUAUCUGUACUCGUAUGGAAGUCAAUGUUUGUUUCUUAAUUAUACUUUUGACUUUUGUUAAUUUUUGUCGCAAAAAAAAAAAACAAUCCUGUGUUUCGUUACUCACUCUCGCUCUCGCGCAC